AUGGGUGAUGAGUCAGUGCCAUUUUUGCUGGACCAAGGAACCACUAAAACAUAUCAAAUACCUAUUGGUCAUCUGGACUACAAGUUCAUUGAAAAAUGCACAGAUGUUAAACACCUGGAAAAGAUUCUCAGGGUUUUAAGGUCUGGUGAAGAGGGAUGUUAUCCUGAACUUACAUUGUUUUGUGAAAAGCGUAUUGAGCAUUUAGAUCCAAGGAGCAGAGCUCUGAGGAAAGAUAAGCCUGCAGCCACAGCUUCUGAUUUCACAGCUGAAGAAUGGGAAACAAUUAAUGGUGAACUGAUGAGCUGGGUGACAGAAAUGAAUGAAGAUUAUCAGAAACCACAGUUCUUGAGAACAGACACGCUGCAUGAAAGACAAGAUAACUUGCCUCCUGUUCGUUGUUCCAGCAACUGUCUUCCUGCUAAUCAGGAUAGAGAAUGGUUCGACGUGGAAAAGGAGUGUUCUAAAAUCGAUGAAGGCUGUGAUGAACAUAACUCAAAAGCAAGCUUCUUUAGUAGACCAAGGCCACCUAUAAUCGAAAAGAAAAUAGACACAGUCGAGUGUGAAUACAAAUUGAGGAAGCAUAUUAUAGAGGAGAAAGAGAAAAUUUUUAUUGCAACUCAUGAAAAAGAAAAGGGCAAUGAAGCCUUUGCCAUUGGGGAUUAUGUGGAAGCAGUGACAUAUUACAGUCGGAGUAUAUCAGUAAUACCCACUGCAGCUGCAUAUAAUAACAAAGCUCAAGCAGAAAUUAAACUGCAGGACUGGGAUAGUGCUUUGCAGGAUUGUGAGAAGGUGCUAGAAAUGGAACCUGGCAAUGUAAAAGCUCUAAUGCGCCGUGCCACUGUGCACAAGCAGCUGCAGAAUUACCAGACAGCUAUAGAGGAUCUGAACAAAGUAUUAUGUGUUGAACCAGAAAACAUUAUAGCUAAGAUUGAAAAGAAACUGAAAGGUUUAAAGCCUGUACCUGAGACUCGAGGGAAAGGAAGAAGAAUACUUAUUCAAGAUGUAGAGGAUUCAGAAGGCGAUGAAGAAAGAGGGGAAAAUAUGGAAGAAUGUGAAAGAAGCUGUGGAGAAACUGGCGUGCCAGUAGGAGGAGAGGCGGCUGCCGGCGAGGCUGAGAUGGGGAACGCGCAGAGAAAGUUUCAUAGCAAAGGCGGUGGCGGUAAGGCGGAGGACCGAGAGACACAGAAGCAGAAGGAAUCCUCUGGGAGCGGGUUUAAAAAAGGCACAUCAGAGAAAAAAACAGCAAAGCGUCUGUCAGACCAUGAAGGUGAAGCUAAUGGCUAUUUACACAGUGAUCAAAAGAGUGAAAGCCCUGAAACUGAGAAGAUCUCCAGGUCGCACGGAGCAGGGUCUCAGUCGGCUGGUGAUGGCAGUUCUACUUCACUUCCUCCUGCUGCAGCAAAACUAAAAAGUGAAGGAAACGAGUUAUUUAAGAGUGGACAGUUUGGAGCAGCUGUGCUCAAAUACUCUGAAGCAAUUGAGUAUGUCGUCGGUCUAGGAGAACAAAGUCCAGAUGAUUUAAGUAUCUUGUACUCGAACAGAGCAGCGUGUUACCUUAAGGAAGGCAACUGCAGUGACUGUGUUCAGGAUUGUAACAGAGCCCUGGAGCUUCAGCCGUUUUCUCUUAAGCCACUUCUACGACGAGCAAUGGCAAAUGAGUCUAUGGAGCGGUAUCAGCAGGCGUACGUUGAUUAUAAAACAGUCCUACAAAUAGACAGCAGCAUCCAAGCAGCAAAUGACAGCACUAAUAG